AUAUUAAAAUAAUUUAUAAUGUUAUUAAUCAUUACAUUACAUUAUGGAUACAGUAUUAAUAUCCUUCACUAAUAAUUCUGGGCCACUGAAUGUAAUAAGCGACGCGUUCUGCCACUAGCUAACCAAUUUUGAUUCGUUAAUAGGUCGACCCGUAUGACCUAAAGUGUCGGAGACAGUUAAACGAAUUAAUUUACCCAUAUUCUUACUGUGAAUCUGCAAUGUGUACUUUCCUAACACAGGAGCAAGUUUUUAUUUAUUGUUAAUUGCGAUUAGUUUUAUUUGUGAAAUAUCUUUACCAGUUGUCUAUACUAUAUUAUUCUGUAUGAGUUAAAAAUAAUACAAUUUCAAAAUAUUUUCGCAAUGUAGAAGGAGUCUUUACAGUUUUAUCAUAAAACAGAGUGAAAUGAAGCAUUAAGUGCAGAGGUCACUAAUUAAUUUUCUUUCUCUUUGCAAGGAUAUGUUCAACAUUCAGAAUGAAAUGAUGCAGUGGUUUACCAUUAUGAUAUGUUUAUAUGCUGGAGUAGCAAGUGCAAGAACAGAAGAAGAUCAACAAACAUCUUCUUCAACUUCGAUUACUGGAAUAUCUGAUGGACUUCUAGAGCAAUGCUUUUAUCGACAACCCAACGAAUGUCCUGAUGUUAAGAUAACAGGAUGUUACUGCAAGAAAAUCAUUCUUGCCCAUAACAAUCCUGAAGGCAAUGCUGUACUUUGUUGCAACUUGAAUAUUCAAAACUUUGAAUUAGAACUGUCCUGUACAGGAUUUCCAUCAAACAUAUCUUAUAUACACAUAAGGAAUGCAACAUUGGAUGUAUUCAACGUAAGUCAAAUUCGAUGGAGAAGGCUAAAAUCCCUUGCAAUUACAGACGGUAGAAUUAAUAGAGUGAAAGGACAAUUUCGAAUGAUGACACCAACGGUUUGUUUGAAUCUUUCAAACAAUGCUCUUAUUGAAGUAGAAAAUAAUUCUCUUACUCGAUUAGCACAACUCACUACUUUAGAUUUAUCUUAUAAUAAUCUUACACAUUUACCAGCUUUAAAUACAAUGAAUGGCCGUGAGUUUUGGCUUGAUAUUUCAGGAACAAAUACACUUUGGUGUCAUGACAUUUAUCAAUAUAUUAACAAAACUGGAGAAAAGCAAAUUAAUUUCAAUCAUGAAAAUGAAACUGUUUGUUCAGCUAGUAAAACUUGGCACUGGUUUAAUACUACAGAGCAAGUUCCAUUAAAACAAGUUCGAUAUCUUAGUUUGUUGCAAACAGAAUGUCCUAAAGGAGAUACAUGGCAAUGUCAGUGCAACUUCAAAAGAUUGGAUAUUGUUGAAGGUAAACCACCAACUUUAGCAGUAAAUGUAGAUUGUAGCGGAAUUCAAAUUACUGAAUUGCCCGAAAAAUUACCUCGCAAUACUAUAGCGCUGAAUGUAUCAUACAAUAACAUCACAGCAUUGGAUGAUCUCAGCACUAAUCCAUGUUAUGAAGAUAUAAGAGAGUUUUAUGCUGACUAUAAUAAUAUAUCAUCUAUAAAUAAAUUGGAAGGUUCUAAAUUUUUGGACAACUAUGCCUUUCUUAGUUUACGGUACAAUAAAAUUAAAUCUCUUCCCACAUAUAUUUUAAGUCCUAACACUCAUGAUAAAAGUUUUAUCAGUUCGCGAUUAGUGAAGCUAGGAGGAAAUGAGUUACAUUGUGAUUGCAAUACAGCUAAGUACCUAAAGGUAUGGCUACAAACUCGUAUAUUAGAUUCUGAUGAAGUGUUAUGCGAAAAUGUAAAAGAAAAGGUUGUUGACUUAGAACCCUCAAAAAUGUGUGUUUAUCCUGGUGAUUGGACAGACUAUAUUUAUUAUAUUAUUGCUACAGAGGUUGUACUUUUAAUAAGUUUGACAGCUAAAGUAUCUUAUGAUUAUUGGAUUUUUAAAACAGCAGGCUACCUUCCCUGGCCAGCAAAUAAAAUGCCAAAACUACCUUGUGAUUGGCUGUGUGAAACCUAAUAAUCUCUUUUCUUAAUUUUUCGUUUGAAUAUAUAAUUUACUAAUAAAACAAAUAAAAUAUAUUUUAAUACU